UAUAGGGCAUGAAAAUGAUUUCAUUGAAAAAUUCAUACACAACUAUGCAUUGGCCUUGUUCUGGUAGUCCAGAAUGUAAAGGAUACUUCAUUUACCCACAGGGAAGAAAUGCACAUCAGCUAGGAUGUAAUUAUGCAUUAAAACAUCGAAUAAGAAGAUGGACAGUUGGACUUAAAAAGAAAUGUGGAUUCAUUCGGGAAAGGAAUUAUUUUACUAAUGAUGAUGAAAUAGGUUGUAUUAAACUAUCACGUAUGAAUGUUAUGACGUACUCUAGAAAAUUGGAUUGAAAUUCAGUAUGUUUUUGACGUACCAUCAAAUACUAUUUAAUAUAAUAUUAAUUAGCUUUAUUGUUUCUUUUUUUAGUCUUCAAACUGUUACCUAAAUUAAU